ACCGGGUCCCCCAGUGUGGGUCAGGAGCCCCCAAGGGCAGGGCGGGUGGGACGAAUCCGCCGCCGCCCGCACCGCUGCUCGGCUCCAGGGGCCCGGCGCCAGGCGCUGGCUGAGCUCGCAGCCCGGCCGGGAGCAGGCGCCGCCAGAGGGGGCUGGCUCCGGAGCGCAGGCGGCGGCGCUCGCUGCCCCACGUCCCGCUCCGCCCAGCGCGCACCGAGCCGGCUGCGCCCGGGGCCCCGCGGGGCGAGCGCAGGGGACGCGGCGGCAGUCCGGGUAGCAGGCGCUGUCCAGCGUCGCAGCCCCGAUACCAGGCUAGAUGGGCCCCUGCUCUUACUGGGCCUGGCAGGUCCUGAGCAGCAGCUUGUGCAUCCCACAGAGCCUGGACGCGCAGGGCGGUGGCCAGGGGCACCUGCCAGGCAGAGCCCAAUGCAGCGACCCAAUGCAGGAAGACAUGCAGGAGCCCAAGUUCACAGCUGCUGCAACAGAGCCAUGAGUGAGAGCGAGGAGGGGGCUCCCCAGACAGAUGGAGCCAUGAGUGAGAGCGAGGAGGGGGCUCCCCGGACAGAUGGAGCCAUGAGUGAGAGCGAGGAGGGGGCUCCCCGCCUGGACAGGAUCGGGCCGGAGAGCGCGGAGGGGGCUGGGACAGAGGAGCUGCCGGGGGACGCUUGGUGGAGCCAGCAGCAGAUGGAGGGGCAGCGGGGUACCGGCCGCUUCGAGGUGGGACCGACAAUCUGUGCCGAGUGCGGGGAGAGCUUUGGGGAUGACGUGGCCCUGCUGGCCCACCGGGGGACGCCCUGCAGAGGCGCGGCGGUGAAGCCGUUUGGCUGCUCCGGUUGUGGGCGGCGGUUCAGCCGCAGCUCCAACCUGCUGCGCCACCAGCGGGUGCACACGGGCGAGCGCCCCUUCGCCUGUGCUGACUGCGGCCGGCGCUUCAGCCAGAGCGCCCACCUGGCCAAGCACCAGCGCCUGCAUGGCGCCGCGGGGCUCCCCACCCCGCCGGCGGAACGCAGCUACAGCCGCAGCCCCGAGUUCCUGCGGUUCCAGCGGGCCCACGCCGGGCAGCGCCCCUUCGCCUGCCCCGACUGCGGCAAGCGCUUCAGUGCGGGCUCCUCCCUGGUGCAGCACCAGCGCAUCCACACGGGCGAGCGCCCCUUCCCCUGCCCCGACUGCGGCAAGCGCUUCCUGCGGGCCCCGGACCUGGCCCUGCACCGGCGCAUCCACACGGGCGAGCGCCCCUUCCCCUGCCCCGACUGCGGCCGGCGCUUCAUCCGUGGCCCCGACCUGGCGCUGCACCGGCGCACCCACACCGGGGAGCGCCCCUACCAGUGCGGCCAGUGCGGGCGCCGGUUCAGCCGCGGGCCCGGCCUCCUGCUCCACCAGCGCACCCACACCGGGGAGCGCCCCUACCAGUGUGCCCAGUGCGGCCGCCGGUUCAGCCGCAGGUCCAACCUGGGCCGCCACCUGGCCAUCCACAGCACGCUGCGGAGGGACCCCACCCCAGGGGGAGAGCCCAGUGCAGAGACCCUCAGGCGGCAGGGAAUCCCUGUGGAGGGGGAGGAGUCCCGAGGGCUGAAGGGGCGGAGCUCGGAGCCUGUGACUCAGCAGGGAAUCCCUGCGGAGGGGGAGGAGUCCCGAGGGCUGAAGGGGCGGAGCUCGGAGCCUGUGACUCAGCAGGGAAUCCCUGCGGAGGGGGAGGAGUCCCGAGGGCUGAAGGGGCGGAGCUCGGAGGCUGUGACACAGCAGGGAAUCCCUGCCGAGGGGGAGGAGUCCCAAAGGUGGGAGGGGCGGAGCUCAGAGGCUGUGAUCCCUGCAGAGGGGGAGGAGUCCCAAGGGCUGAAGGGGUGGAGCCCAGGCUCCCUGGUGGCUCCCCUCGGGAAGCGCCACGGCUGCCCGGACUGUGGGAAGGGCUUUGCCCAGCGCUCCCAUCUGCUGGUUCACCAGCGGGUGCACACCGGAGAGCGCCCCUUCCCCUGCCUGGAGUGCGGCAAGCGCUUCAGGCAGAGCUCGGUGCUGGCCCGGCACCGGCGCACCCACACGGGCGAGCGCCCCUUCGCCUGCGGGGACUGUGGCCGGUGCUUUGCGGAGAGCGCGGUGCUGCUCCGGCACCGGGCCGUGCACUCCAACGAGCGCCCCUACUGCUGCAUGGACUGUGGCCGUGGCUUCAGCCUCCGCGCCAACCUCCUCCAGCACCGGCGGCUCCACGCCCGGCGCCCCCACGUCUGCACUGACUGCAGCAAGGCCUUCAGUGAGGCCGCAGCCCUGGCCGCCCACCGCAGCACCCGGCAUGGGGCCGGCAAGCCCUUCACCUGCACCGGCUGCGGCAAGCGCUUUGGCCGCAGCUCCACGCUGGCUCGGCACCGGCGCAUCCAUGCUGAAAGGCCCCAUGAAUGUGCCCGCUGUGGCCACAGAUUUGGGGAGAGCGCCGAGCUGGCGCAGCACCUGCGGGUGCACAGCGAGACCCCCUACGAGUGUGCCCGAUGUGGGGAGCGCUUUGCCCAGAGCCACACACUGAUCUCACACCAGGCCAUCCAUGCCGCGCCAAGCCGCGGCCAGAGCCACACUACCCAUUCCCACCAGUCCCCCCUUGCCAAGCAUGGGGACAGCGUCCUGCCCAAGUCCCCAGCUGUGUCCCACCAGAGACUCCACACCGGAUAGGAGCCAGGACAGAGCCCUGGAGUCCUGACUCCCAGCACCCCCCCAGCAACCCAUUAGACCCCAUGGCCCUCCUAGAGCCAGGGAUAGAACCCAGGAGCUCUGCUCUGACCCACUAGACCAGGGGCGGGCAAAAUUUUUGGUCUGAGGGCCACCUUGGGUUUUGGAAAUUGUAUGGAGGGCCGGUUAGGGGAGGCUGUGACCCCACCCCCGUU